AUGGCAUUGGAUAUGAUUAGCAGUCUUCCUUCAUCCUUAAUAGAAACCAUCCUGUGUUUUCUACCAAUUCAAGAGGCAGCAAGGACAAGUAUCCUCUCAAGGGAAUGGAGGUACAAUUGGACCACAAUCCCCAAACUUGUGCUUGAUGAGAAUACUUUUGAAGUAUCAAUUAAUAAUCUUUCCGAUCCUGAGAGAACAGUUAAGAUACCAAGUCUAAGGAUUAGGUUGACCAUCAGGGACUUGGUCAGGAGGUGUAAGUUUCUUUGUGCUAUGGACGAAAUUAUGUUACUGCACCGGGGUCCAAUACUUGAGUUAAGCCUUUCCAUGUAUGCAGAGAAUAACUGUAUUGAAGUUGACCAGAUAAUAGCAUUCUUGUCGAGACAGAAUACAGUCAGGAAACUUAAGCUGGAUUUGGAUAAUGUUGGUAACCAAAAAAUUGUACCCUUAUCUAUCUUCUCAUUGGACCAGUUAACGGAUCUGUCUCUCGAAGGCUGUGAUAUUGAACUUCCACCAUCAUCAACCUAUGGAUUUGCUAGCCUUUAUAUUUGGAUGACGGACAUUGAUGACGAUUACCUCAUUAUUGAGCUAUUCGAGUGUUUACCUGUCAUCAAACAUCUCACUAUUUGGAGUCAUGUUAUUGAGUGCAUUGCUGGAGGCCUGGUUCCAUCGGAGCUUCCAAUGUCAUUAGUCAACCUGAAAUACUUUUGUUUGAACCAAGUGUGUUUCACUCACUCACAUGCAUUACCUUUUCUUGUACUCGUGCUUAAAAGCUCCCCGAACUUGGAGAAACUUAAGCUAAGGAUUCUCCCUGAAGAUUUAUGCAGUUUUCCUGAAGAUUAUUUAAGCUACAUUGCCCCAAAAGAUUAUUCCGAUAUCUGUUUGGGGCAUUUGGAUGAAUUAGAGAUUAGAAACUUCACCAACUUGGAGACCGAGUUGGAGUUUGUGAAGUUUAUGUUGGCCAAAUCACCCACGCUGAAAAGGCUGAGGAUAUACCUCUACAAAAAGGUUCCCAAGGAUGUAGAGCUGAUCAAAUUGUUAAAAGUUCUCCUGCACUCGCCUCAGGCAUCACCGGUGGUUGAUAUCAUUGUUAAGGCCUAA